AUGUUUGAAAAUAUUGAUUCUGGUUUAUUAACAGCUGGAUUUCUUGCUGGUACAACCCUCUUGUUGGGUUAUUUGAUGGGUAAAUCUGAUGAUAAUAGUAGUGAAAUUAAGAAAUCAAUGACAAAGGAGGAAAUUGAAGAUAUGCUUUCAAAAGCUACCAAGGAAAUUGAAUCCGGAUUGGUUGGAGCUUCCGAUAAAACAACACAAAAGUUGAAUGCUCUCAAGCAACUUGUAAAAUGUGUUUAUGAUCUUUAUGAUAUUAGUUACACUGAAAGCUUACCAAUUAAUCAAGGAGUUGAUUGUGAAUGUGCAUAUGGUUUUAAACGUGAGGAAUUUAAAGAUCCACAAGACAAACUUGUUGGUAGAAUUACACCACAUAAUUCAUUAUUAUUAUUCUUAACAAAUGUUCGUGCUACUGAAUGGGAAGCAAAUGCUGAAGAAACUCAAUUCCCAAUGAUUGGUAAGGCAACAACUCUUUUAAAGAAGAAGAAGAUAAAAAUCAGUAUUGCUGAAGCUUAUGAUGGAGAAAAGAUUGAAGGAAAUACAUUUAUCAUGAUACCUGAACAAAUCAAAUUUACAAAUGUUGUAGAUGAAGUUGAAUUGGAAAAGCUUGUAACAUUUGCAAUGAGUGGACAAACUAGCAGUGCAGAAGUUGAUGUAUCUAAAAUAGAGAGAAAUGUUAAACAAAGUACUAUUAUGAUUUGUUGUCACCAUCAAAGAGAUCAAAGAUGUGGAUAUUGUGGACCAAGAUUAUAUGAAGCUUUCCGUGAUUUCUGUAUUCAAAAUCAAAUUGAUAUUGUUUUAAGAAGAGUUAACCAUUUAGGAGGACACAAAUAUGCUGGAAACGUUGUCAUUGUUUACCAAAAUAAGAAAAUGCAAAAAUUACCAUGGUUUGUUGAUUGGUACGGAUAUGUAGAUUUGAAGGAUGUAGAAAGAUUAAUGUAUGCCCAUUUUGAUUUCACAGAAAAUCCUCAACCUUCAUACAGAGUUGUUAAGGAUUUAUGGAAAGGUAGACCAUCAAUGAAUAAGGAUAUGUUUGAAAAGUUUUUAAUGAUGCAAUAG